AUGAACGCCCAAUCUUACCUUCAGUCCUUCGGCUGGACCCCCGGCACUUCCCUCGGCAACCCUCUCUCCCACGCCCCCUCCACGAGCACCUGCCCUUCUUCGCAACGUCUCACAAAACGUAUCCUCAUCUCUACCAAGAAUAAUACCCUCGGUGUCGGUCGGAAGCAAUCGAACCUCAACCAUGCCGACCUCUGGUGGGAAAAGGCGUUUGACAUCAGUUUGAAAAAACUCGAUGUGAACAAGGAUACUAGUGCCAUACCACAGGAAAAGAAGGAUGUCGUCGAUAACAUGAACCUUUUCUCGGAAUUGGGUGGUGGACGAGGAUUUGGUGGAACAGCUCUGGGCGAAGGGGCAAAGAAGGGAGGAGGAAAGAAGGUGGAGCAUAGCAAGGUACCUUUAUAUCGGUAUUUCGUACGUGGAGAAGGACUGGAGGGUACAAUGACAUCGAUUUCUACGACUACGACUACUACAACAAUAACAGUUGUCCAGACCGAGACUACGACCCCAGAGGGCUCCAGAUCAAAUAAGAAGAGGAAGCGGGACAGCGAUAAUGAUACCAAUAAAGAUACAUCGUCACUCUCAAAGUCCGAGCGAAAGGCAUUGAAAUCAGAGAGGAAACAACUACGGGCAGAGCGCCGAGCUGCAAAGACCGAGCGACGAAGGUUAAGAACUGAGAGGAGAGCUGCAAAAGAGGAGAAACGAAAGCUAAAGGCCGAAAAGAGGGCCAACUCGGAGGCUAAGAAGGAGGCUAAGAAGGCAAAAUCAUCCUCUGCCUCUUCAGAUGACGAAGAGGGAGAAGAAGAGGAGGAGGAGGAGGAGGAGGAGAAACACGUACAGUCAGACUCCGGGGUUGAUAUGUCGCAAGACGAGGCCUCCGUUGAGGAGGAAGUUGUAAUAGAAGAGAAAGGGAAACAGAAAGAUAAAAAGAAAGCCACAAAGGCCCUUAAAGAGACGGGAGUCGAUGCAAAGAAAAAAGAAAAGAAAUCGGAUAGGAAAGCCAAGGACGGCUCGAAGAAGAAAAAGAGGGUUAGCUCAACUUGA